ACUAGAAAUUGGCCUAUUGCAACAUUAUUUGGCUUGCUUACAUGGCUUCUAUUUGGCUAGCUCUUGUAGUAGUUGCAAUGCUUGCUUAUUUUCUUCAAGAAUUAAUGAGGAAGAAGAAGAAACUUCCUCCAGGACCAAGAGGACUUCCACUUAUUGGGAAUCUUCACCUAGAUUUUUAUAAAAUAGCCAAGGAAUAUGGUCCCAUAAUGUCCAUGCGAUUUGGUCUUGUUCCUGUCGUUGUUGCUUCCUUUCCUUAUGCUGCAGAACAAUUCUUGAAAAACCAUGAUCUUGUUUUUGCUAGUAGACCUUACAGUGAAGUUUCUCAAUACAUUUUCUAUAAUCAGAGAAAUCUUGUCUCUAGCAAGUACGGACCUUAUUGGCGAAAUAUGCGUAAAUUGUGCACUCUACAAUUGCUUAGCAAUGUCAAGAUCCAUUCUUUUCAGCCUAUGAGGAAACAACAAGUUGGAACUCUUGUGAAUUUCCUCAAACAGGCGGCUGCUUCUGAUGGCGAUGUUGUCGUGAAUCUUAGUGAUAAAAUUGGAUCUCUUAGCACAAACAUGGCGUGCAUGAUGUUAUUUGGGAAGAAGUACAUGGACGAGGAUCUUGGCGAGAAGGGUUUCAAGGCUCUGGUUCAAGAGACUGCGUAUAAUAGCGAUGCCAAAACUUGGUGAUUACAUUCCUUUUCUUCGUGUGCUUGAUCUCCAACGAUUGACUCGUCGUAUGAAAGAAUUAGCUAAGCUUUUUGAUGAAUUUUUGGAGAGAGUUAUCGACGAACAUGUUCAUCAAUCCACUAAUGAGCAUAAGCAAGCUAAAGAUAUUGUUGAUACACUGAUGAGCAUUAUGCACUCUGGAGAAGCUGAGUUUGAUCGUCGCCAUGUCAAAGCAAUUUUGCUGGACUUGCUGAUGGCUUCUAUGGAUACUUCAUCAACAACGGUUGAAUGGAUUUUUUCAGAACUCUCAAGGAACCCCGAUGUAAUGAAAUAACUCCGGAAUGAGUUGGAACAAGUUGUUGGUAAAAACAGAAUGGUAGAAGAAUCAGAUUUAGAAAAUUUUGAGUACUUAGAUAUGGUUAUAAAAGAAGGUUUUAGGCUCCAUCCAGUAGUAACACUAUUAAUUCCUCACGAGUCCAUUGAAGAUUGCACGGUUGAUGGUUUUCAUAUACGUAAAGGAUCUCGAUUUUUGGUCAAUGUUUGGGCAAUUGGAAGAGAUCCAGAUGUUUGGCCUGAGCCAGAAAAGUUCGAACUAGAGAGAUUUUUGGGACCCAACAUUGAUGUCAAAGGGCACAGUUUUCAACUUUUACCAUUUGGCUUUGGUAGAAAAAGUUUCCCUAGUUUGCAGCUUGGCCUCACUAUUGUCCGAUUGUUGGUAGCACAAUUGGUUCACUGCUUUGAUUGGGAGUUACCAAAUAAUAUGUUGUCAAAAGAUCUUGACAUGAAUGAGAAAUUUGGUUAGUUACUACGAGAGUUCAACAUAUAAUGACCAUUCCAACAUAUCGUUUGCAUGUAUAGUAGAUUAAAAUCUCAAUAAUAUGUAGUUCAAGAUUAGUUGCACUUUCUUAAUUUGGCCUGAAUAAUUAUACGAGGGAAAGGCAAAAAAGAGGGGGAUUUUGUCUUAUGUUCAUGAUUUUAGAUGUAUUCUUCUAAA